GUUUUACCUCUAAUAUGUCCCAAUCGCGCAUUCUGCAUUGCAUUGACUGGGUUCCCUCUUGUAGCGCAUGCUAGUGACAAUAAACCUUACACCCGGGAACAGGAUGCCACUUCCACGCAGGUAUGGUCGGCUUCCAGUAUGUUACCAUCACCCAGUCACAACUCCGGGUUCCCGGUCCACCGUCUCCUGAAGUUGUGGCGGCGGCUCUAUUUGCUCACUAUGCCUUGUCUGAUCUCUUUUUCCAGGACAGCUCCCCUUUAAACCCUCUGAUCGGUGUGUCAGACACUGCGAACACUGAGGCCUUCGCCGGUCUUCAGCCACACACAGAAUUCCGACCCUAUGUCUCUCCUUUUUCUUUAUACCCCUCCUUGUAUUCACUUGCAUCAACCCAUUUCUCUCGUCCUUCCUCGGCUUCUUCGUAUUCCUUAUCCUCCGCUGUUAUCAAUGAAGUGAAACGGCUUGAUUACGGGCUGCUGCGCCAGUCACACAUUUCUUCCCUUUCAGAUCCAGACCUGCGCUGCUGUCGUUUCGAGUUUUCAGGUGAUGGAACUUGUUCUGAUCCAGACUGCAAGGAUCUACACCAUCGCGAUGUCGAGCCCAGCGAUGAAGAAGUAGCCAAUUUUGCCGCGCCCUCUUUUCCAGAAUUUCCCUCAGAGCAGCUGAAGAAUGCUCUGAUGUUAACAUCAUCUUCGGCUGUCAUGUCGUCCGAGACAUCUGCUACCUCAGCAGAUCCAGUGCAACGGCGACUGAUGGUUGCGGUCCGCUUGCUUUUGGUACACAAAGGCAUUUCUUGAUUUGAUGGGUGUUACACCCCUAUCUCUUUUUCACCCUUCGUGGGUGUUUC